AUGCUAGACCCGACAACCCUCUCCUCGCUCAAAGUCACCGAGCUCAAAGCCGAACUCAAGAAGCGCGGACUACCGGUAGGAGGCCUCAAGCAGGCGCUCGUGGAGCGGCUGGCAGAGGUUAUAAUCCAGGAGCGACAGCGGGAGGCAGAGGCAGAGGCAGAGGCAGAGGCAGAGGCGGAAGCGGAAGCGGAGGAGGAGGAAGAGGCCGCGCCAGAGCCAGAGCCACAGCCACAGCCAGAGGUAGUGCAGACACCCGUGGAGGACGCGACCCAGGUCAAUGGUGACCAGCCGGAGCCAGAGCCGGUAGUGGUUGAGGCGGCCGAGGAGGUGCGCGCAGUAACCCCGGCGGUGGUGCAGGAAGUGCAGGAACCAGUGCAGCAGGUGCAGGAACAGGUGCAGGUGCAGGUACAGGAUGCAGAGCCGGUACAGGAGCCCGAGCCAGUACAGGCCGAACCAGCGCAAGCCGAACCAGCACAGGAGCCUGAGCCAGUCCAGGAGAUUGAGCAAGUGCAAGAGAUCGAACCAGCACAGGUAGAGCCAACAACCGCCGAACCGGCGCAAGAAGUCGAACCCGCAAAGGAGGCCGAGCCAGCACAAUUGGUUGAGCCAGUACCGCAGGCCGAAGAGCCAGAGCCAACACCGGUCCCAGAACAGCAGGACGUAGAGAGUGUGCAAUCACCACCCCAAGUGCAGGACAAUGGCGCUCCCAGCCCUCCAUCCGUUUCGGAGCAGCUUGAAGCCGUUGCGGAAGAGAUCACGGCUGAGCAGCAGCAAGAACCGUCAAAAGAAGUCGCCGAGGAGCCAGUGCCGCAGGUAGCUGUAGCUGAACCAGAAGUACAGGCCGAGGCGGACAGCAUGCAGGUUGACACCGCGCCCACAAAGACCCCCGAGGACGACGAGGUGUCCAUCUACGAGGAACCUGCCUCAAUUGAGGAGACCAGGGCAGCCACACCGGCGGAGGAGACCGUUGAGCAGGAGCAGAAGCAGCCCCAAGAAGUUCCACCCACGCUCGUCGAUAUCCCCGGGGAACCCGUCCCAGCGCCAUCCACCACCACCCACAUCACCACCACCGAGGACGAGAUCACCGCCGCAGUAACCUCACAAUCCGACCUUGCCGCUCUCACAGCGCCCUCAGAACCAAUGGACACCCGCGACGACACACCCACAGACCUCCGCAAGCGCAAGCGCCGCUCCGCCAGCCCCCCUCCCGCCGCCGCCGCAGCAACAUCCGACACUCCCGCCGCCCCCACCCACGACGACACCACCGACGACCCGACAACCACCAAAAAGCCCCGCCCCUCCUCCCCACAACCCAAACCCCGCCAGCGCGAUGCCCGCUUCAAAGGCCUCUUCAACAACACCACCGACACCGCCAACACCGACCACGACGACCCCUCCGCCGACAACGACAACGAAACCGCCCCCGCCGACGACGACGACGACCCCCCGGUCCCGCCGUCAAUCCACCCCGCCACAUGCGCACUCUACAUUCGCAAUCUCAUCCGCCCCAUCAACGACCCGCUACUGCGUAGCCACCUAACGGCCCUCGCCGGCGCAACACCGCCCGGCGCAGAGGCAAUCGCGUACUUCUUUGUCGACUCUAUCAAGUCGCACGCACUCGUUAUCUUUGCGUCGGUGGCCGCGGCGACGCGCGUGCGCGUUGGACUGCACGGGAAGGUGUGGCCGAACGAGCGCACGCGCAGGGCGCUGUGGGUGGACUUUGUGCCCGAGGAGGCGGUGGAGGGGUGGGUUGCGAGGGAGCGCGAGGUGCGCGGGCAGAAGAAGUGGGAGGUUGUGUAUAAGGACGGGGAGGGCGAGGAUGGUGGUGUUGUGGCGGAGCUGGAGGAGGUGGGCGCGAGGGGACGUGGUGGGGUGGAGGUGCUGGGUGCGCCGACGGGGCCGAGGGGCGCGAGGGAGAGGGAGAGGGAGCGGGAGAGGGAGAGGGUGGGGGAGAGGAAGAAUAGUGUACUUGCAGUUCAGAAAGGUGCGCCGACGCAGCAGGAUGUGGCGCCGCCGGCGGCGGGAGCGGGAGCGGGAGCGAGAACGACGAGGUUUGUGGAUCUGGACGAUCUGUUUAAGAGCACGGUGGCGAAGCCGAAGCUCUACUACAUGCCUGUGAGUGAGGAGAUUGCGCGGGAGCGACUGGCGGCCGCGAGGGGCGGGAGAGACGGGCAUCGGGAUAGACGCUGA